GUAUUAUGAGGUCAGCGCGCGGGAGGACGUGCUCUGUGACGUAACCCUCCGGACAGCUCCAGUUUCUUCCAAUCUAGACAUAAGGGGGGGGGGCAGGGGGAGCGGCCAGGGAGAGAGCUGGCAGUUGGUUUCUCCUGUCCGGGAGGAGGAGAAAAAGGAAGGAGAAAGGAGGAAAGACCCGGAUGCCGCUGCUGUGUGAGGCGGAGCGGGCCAAAGAAGGAAGGAGUUGUUUCGCACGGCGGCAGCGGUUGAUUGGGACGGCGGAGAAGGCGCCGGAGAGCUCCGGGUCCCCUCAGGUCGCCACCCACAAGAUAAAGGUGGAGGGGCUGGCUGUGUCGCGGUCGAGUGCGGUGUGAGGCGGCGGCGGCGCCGUGUUUGUCUCAGGCAGCGAGAAGCACUGAGGCGAGGCGAGGGGCGAUGCUAUCGGUGUACGGGGUGCUGUUGUCGGCUCUGCUCGGCUCCUGCCUCACGCUGCUGCUCCAGCUCUUACUGCUCUAUCGGAAGAAGCCCGAACCCUCCGAGGAGCCGUCCGAGCCGCCCAACUCCUCCACCAGCCCCUUCACCACCAGAGUGCUGCCCGACUACAGCCUCAGGGAGUAUUUCGCCGGCUACGUCGGGCAUGGGCACGAGGCCCCUUCGACGGGGAGCUCGACUCCCAACCAGUCCCCUUCGCGAUCCGAGCAGGGCUCCAGACAUCAGUUGCCCGUGCAGCCCCAGGAGCCCUUGGUGGAAUCCACUGAGGAGACCCUCUAUUGGCUCAAUGCCAUCUGCCUCUUUCUCUUUCGAGAGCUCAGGGACACUUCCCUGGUUAGGCACUGGGUCACCAGGAAGAUCAAGGUAGAAUUUGAAGAGCUGCUCCAGACAAAAAUGACAGGCAAGGUGCUCGAAGGUCUCAGCCUGCGGGAUGUCUGUCUGGGUGACGAGGUGCCCGUCCUCAAGAACAUCAAGCUCCUGCGGCCGGUGGUCUGUAACGAGGAAAGCUGUCCCGAGGAGCUGGACUUUGAAGUCGAUAUCGAGUACAGCGGUGGCUUCCACUUGGCCAUUGAUGCCGACCUGGUCUUUGGCAAGUCAGCCUCUCUCUUUGUCAAGAUCUCCAAAGUAGUGGGUCGGUUAAGACUGGUCUUUACCCGGUUGCCUUUCACUCACUGGUCCUUCAGCUUUGUGGAUGAACCUGUCAUCGGCUUUGAUGUCAAGUCCCAAUUUGAAGGACGGCCCCUGCCACAACUUACUUCCAUCAUUGUCAAUCAGUUCAAGAAGGUUAUUAGGCGCAAGCAUACCUUGCCUCACUAUAAAAUCAGAUUCAAGCCAUUCUUUCCAUUUCAAGUUGUGCCACGAGAAGAGUAUAGAGACCGUAAUCUCAGUAUACAAAAUUUCUCACUGACGGAAGGCCGACUGAAAGUUUCCUUAAUAGAAUGUUCAAGAUUGCUUAUUUUUGGAUCUUAUCAAAGGGAAACAACAGUUCAUUGUACAUUUGAACUUAGCAGCAAUGUCUGGGAAGAAAAAGAAAGAACUUCCAUCAAGAUGGCAGAACUAAUUAAAGGAAACAUGCAAAGCGUUGGACUCACUCUCCGCCAAGUACAUGCUAAAGAGGGAGAAGCAGGACAUGUUGUUAUUGAGAGUGUCACUCCAAAUUCACCUGCUGCAGCUGCUGAUCUACAAAGAGGAGAUAGGCUUAUAUCUAUUGGAGGAGUUAAAAUUACAUCAUCGAUUCAAGUGCUAAAGCUUAUCAAACAGGCUGGUGAGAAAGUAGUAGUAUGUUAUGAAAGGCCUGUUGGCUAUAGUCAGCAGAAUUCAUUAGGACAAGAUACUUUUGUACAGUUGGAAGACACAGUAUUUGCAGAUGAGGACCCAAGUAGCACAUCAACAGAAUCUGAGACUGCAGAGUUGGAUUUACAGUAUGAGGAGCUAGCAAUUGUGUUAAGAUCUGAUGAAUCCAGAGAUGAUUCUUCAACAAGCCCCAAACAUACAUCCAUAUCAGCUACUGCUAAAUCUACUGGAACUGUAUCUCCAAUACUAAAUCGCAAGUUGUGUUCAGGAAACCAGUCUUCUGCAAAAGCAGUUUUCAAAGAUGGAAUCAAACAGUUGACACCCAAGAAUUCUGACUGUCUUGAUGUAGGCCAGCAAACAAGUAGACCUUCUCAGUCAGGUACAACAAAACCACCUGUACCACCAAGACCACAGAUUAAAACUGCUUUUCCUACUGAAAGUCAAAAUACGCUAGAGACGGGCGAUUUAUCUUCUGAAAAACCUGAGAGGCCACCACCUCCUGCAAAUAAUGGAGAUAAACCCUCAGAAAAGCUAACAAAACUUAGUGAUAUAGCAGAAGAAGCUACAGGAGCCAAACCAGUUACAAACAAACAAGAAGUAGUACGGGAAUCUCCAGACGAUUUACAAAGUCCCAAGGAAAAUACAGAGAACCAUGAUUCAUGGGAAUCGCCAGAAAUUCCUUAUCGCAAUCGAUUAGGUAAAUGGGCAAGGACAAAGGCAUCUUCUUACAUAUUUGAAGUAGAAAAACAUCACAAAUAUCUAAAUGUUGCCAUUUGGUGCAGAAACCCCUUCAAAUUAGGUGGACUUCUCUGUCUAGGACAUGAAAGUAUGCAACUUGAAGAGAUAGCUCUAGAUUGUAUAGCUACAUCCUCUAUGGAAUUCAUUAGGACAAUUAGAUUUAAUCCUCCUGCACCUAAAGCCACAGUGAGUAGAACUGCAUUGCGUAAUUUGACCUCGCACAAAGGUUUUAAUGAGAAGUUUUGUUAUGGUGAUAUUACUGUGCAUUUUAAAUAUUUAAGAGAGGGUGAACCAGAAGACUCAAGUUUUCUAAUGGAGAAAGAAAGGGAAUAUAUUUCAGAAGCAGCAGUUGCUCCUGUUCUCCUAAAAGAGGAUCCUUAUUUCGGGCAGAUAAUGUACAUUGAAAACAGGCAUCAGUUUCAAGAUACUCAGUUUCAGAAUCCAACUUGGUGUGACUACUGCAAAAAGAAAGUUUGGACAAAAGCAGCAUCACAGUGUAGAAUUUGUGCAUAUGUAUGCCACAAAAAAUGCCAAGAAAAAUGUCUAACUGACACACCACAUUGUUUAGGACCUUCCAGACGACUUGAGGGGCGUUCUAAAUCUGAAAGUCCAGAUUCUCAGUCCAUACCACCAUCUUCACGCACUGAUGGAGAAUUGAAAUCUGCAAACAAACCAACAGGCUUAACAAGACAUAUCAUAAAUACAAGCACUCGUUUGUUAAACCUUCGUCAAGUUCCUAAAACACGAUUUGCAGAGACAGGUUCAGAUACAGUUGAACCUUCACCAAAACAUACACCACAUACUUCUGAUAAUGAAGGUAGUGACACAGAAACUGGUGGUCCAAGUAGCCCUUCCAAACAAGCAUCUGGUACUGGGGUAAAGUUAGCAAGAAAAGAAGGAGGACUAGAUGAUAGUGUUUUCAUUGCUGUUAAAGAAAUUGGGCGAGACCUCUAUAGAAGUUUGCCCACAGAAGAAAGAAUUCAAAAAUUAGAAGUUAUGUUGGAAAAACUGCAAAAUGAAAUAGACCAGGAACUGGAGAACAAUAAUUCCCUCAUUAGAGAAGAGAAAGAAACAACAGAUGCAAGGAAAAAAAUGCUGUUUUCUGCUGCGUUGGCUAAAUCUGGCGAACGACUACAAGCCUUAACUCUCCUUAUGAUUCACUACAGAGCUGGCAUUGAAGAUAUAGAAGCUUUGGAAAAUACAAGUUUAGAGCUGGAAUCAAGAAAAGCAGACAAGUAUGAAAAUGACAAUAUUUUAACUGAAGAAAUAGAUCAAGAAGUAGAUCAAGAAGAUGAAAGCAGUGUACUGAUGUCACCAAUACUUGAAGCCCUAUUAAAAGACCAAGAAACAGUUGAUAUACCUGAUGAAUCUGUAGACUGAAAUUUACAGAUUUGACAUUGGGAAUGAUAAGCUGGUAAAAUACUUUGCACUUAGUCAAAAUCACAUCAAAUUCCUCAAAAUAUAAUUAAAAACUGGGUAUAAUGUACACAGACUAUUUCUCCACUGUUUUUUUUUUUUACCUGUGUAACAGUAUGGUCAAGAGUGUUCUUUUGAGCUGCAGAACCACUACUGCUUUUGUUCUAUUAGUUGGUCCAAAUUGUGUUAAACAAACAUCAUAGAAAUUUAUACUGGGAGAUUAUUGUUACCUUACUUGAACUUUUUCUAGUUACAUAUUCCUAAUAUUUCAUGCUGUUAAGGAUUGGGUUUUUUGUUAUUGUUUUUGUUCUUGCUAUGUCAUUAUAAAGUAAAACAGUUUUGAAUAUUUGCUGUCUGCCUAAAUGAAUCCUAGCAACUGAGAAACCAUGUUCUGCUUGGAUUCCAUUUUAUUAUUUGGUUCUUUGACAUAGGGGGAUUUUUUUUUUUGAAAAGUGGUAAAAGUUUUGUUUGUUCUUUUGCCAGUCAUGCAGUAUGGAAGCUACAUACCUUCAAUUUCAAUUAUUUAGUGAUUGCAUAUCAAGAUGCUUGCUUUCUAUACUUUUAUUUUCAGUCACACAUUUUGAAAACCUAGGAACCUUGCUCAAAUAUGGUUUUUAAUGUCCAGUAGGAUAACAAAGAGGGAUUGAGUUCUAAUGCAAUUUAAUUCAACAUUGUUGAAAUAGCCCUUUUAAUGAGCUCAAGUUUUUUUUUUCUUACAGUCCAUCAAUAUUAGUUUUGCAUAAAUAUAAUUUAUACCAAUGUUGCUCAGCAGUUCAUUGGGAAUGUGCCAGCAAAAGAUUUGUGUAGAUGUAAAACAGAUGGAAGCCUUACACUAGAACAUAUCAACCUUAAUAAUGCUUAUAAAUAUAUUUUAGAGAAAUUGCAACCGAGUUGCACUUAAGCAUUGUGUUUGCCACAGAAUCUGUGAUUUCAAAAAGGAUAAUAUUGUAAACACAAUUGUUUAAUUAACUUUCCAACAGUUGUGAUGCCAUCAAGCACAGGAAAAACUGUGGUGAAGUGCUCAACAUUUUUAUACAGCAUGCUCAACAGAAAUUAAUUUAACAAGCUCAAGAAAAAUUAAGAACUUUGCCAACUUCAUUUAAAUAUCCCAGCUUGUCAAUGUGAAAUUGUUUUGGGUUUGCAGUCUGUAUCUUAAGGCUUCAUCUUCCAAGUGCAUACUCAUUGUUUUAAGUACUGUACAAUAUUACUGAAUGAAGCAGAAAUGCCCAUGUAAAAAUGGGUAAUGCUAGCACAAUUAAAUCAGUCGUACUUUGAUUAGACAGGUUUAUGUUAUCGUGUUAAAUCUGGUUUUCAUUUACUAUAGGAUACAAAAAUAUGUUUUUAAACUUAGAAAUAACUUUUCCCUCACUUUUUAUAUAACCUUGCAAAAUAAUAGCUAAAUGAGGAAUAUAAUCCAUGCUAAAAAUGAUAAUAGUUCUACACCUUUUUAAAUUCCUGCUUUGUAAGAGAUAAUAUUUUCCAACAUUGUGGUAGAUCAAUACAAUGCUUAAUGAUUCUGUAUCUCAGAAUUGAUUUUCUAAGUUGCUUACCAGCAGAGGUGAUCUGGGAUGAAAGCUCCUUCAGUGUUUAGCCUAUUCCCAGGUUCUUUAAACACUUCUUGAUGUGCAGAAGCAACUGCAAAAAUAAUGUAGUAUUAGGUUUUCCAAAAUCACAUCUUAUAGCUUAUAAAUUAAUGAAAUGGGUAAGAAAGGUUGAGUAUGGAACUCUGCUAUGAUUGUAUAAUAUAAAUUAAACGUAGUGCAAUAUUCUAAAUGUUGCGUGGGAUAUGUUGUGGGCAAAAUAAUUGUAUGGUAGCAUUAAGGAACAUACAUACAAAUAACAACACUGAUCUUGAGGGGCAAACUGUAUUAACACAUUCCUAGUAUAUUCUUUGCUUCUGUGCUUUACUGUACAUAGCUAAAAAUAAAACAGGAUACCACUGAGAGCAAGAAUAUCUUGAUGUAGCGGUAUAUAACUAUUUGACAGUUGCACAUAUUUAUGGGAAGCCUGCUGAGAUGAUUGUCAGAUAUGAUUUUAUCAUGAAAACAAGCUUUAAUAAAACAUUUUUUAUAAA